AAACGAACCGCCAAGUGUGUGGGCUUUGGGACCUACAGCUGCUCUGGAAUCGUCCGCGGUUCUCGCUCCAUAGAUUUUUCUGUAGAGCCUAUAUAACUCAUUCUUCCCUCUCGCAAAUGGGAGAAAGCUUCCAAAACCCCUAAAAAAAAAAAGGAUCUUUAAGGUUCCAAAAGGCGAAACUCCUCACAUCCUCAUCUCCGACUUCACCUUCUCUUUUCGCUUUAAUCGGUUCUUUCUCUCUAUCUCACAUCUUUCAUCUCAGCUUGCCGUCGACUGGAUCUGUAAUUUAUUCUGCAUGAUGGAGGUCUGUUACCCUUACUUUGAUCCUGAUUUUGAGAACCUCAAUGAAAGGAUAUAUGGACCAAGGGUUUAUGUGGACAACGACGACUGUGAAAAUUGUACAGUUGUGAAGGUGGAUAGCCUUGAAAAACAAGGCCCCUUGCUUGAAGUUCUACAGGUUUUGAUUGACAUGGAUCUACUCAUUUCUAAGAGCUAUAUUUUUUCUGAUGCUGGAUGGUUUAUGGAUGUUAUUCAUGUGAAAGACAAACUUGGCAACAAAAUCAGAGAUAACAGAGUCAUUAACUACAUACAACAGGCCAUAUAUCGAAAGGGAGGGCUUAAGAAUCCACAAGAUCAGGUUAUGAGCUCCUAUGAAAAUAGGUUAAAGUCUGAAUCUUGUCAUGAGCGCACAGCUAUUGAGAUAACCGGGAUCAAUCGGCCUGGUCUUUUCUCAGAGAUAUCAGCUGUGCUCGCGGAAGAAAAGUGCAAUGUCAUCGAAGCUCAUGCAUGGAGUCAUAAUGGCUUCCUUGCCUGUGUAGUAUAUGUCUCUGAUCAAUCAACUGCUUCCUGUAUUGAUGAUCCAAUUAGACUUGCCACAAUUGAAGGCCAUCUCUCAACUGUCCUAGCAAACAACAUCCAUGAUAAGGAUCACAUUGGUGUUAAAGCAUGUUUCAUAGAGUCUGAUCGCUCAAUGUGUCAGACAGAGCGUCGGCUCCACCAGCUCAUGUUAGCUAACCGAGAUUUUGAUGGAUCGCAGAGUGGCCCGCAUAGUUGUUCGAGCACUCUCGUCCCAUCCAUGAGAGGCGGAACGGAGAAAAUGGUGACUAUUGAUCGGUGCGUUGAGAAAGGUUAUUUGAUUGCUUACAUUGAGUGCACAGAUCGACCAAAGCUUAUGUUUGAUACCGUGUGCACACUUACCGACAUGCAUUACGUAAUCUUCCAUGCUUCCAUCACUUCCCAUGAUCAAUUUGCCAGUCAGGAAUAUUACAUCAGACAUGAAGAUGGUAACAUCAAGGACACAGAUGAAGAGAGACAAGUAGUUUCAAAAUGCUUGGAAGCUGCAGUUGAGCGUCGAGAAUGUGAGGGACUGCGACUCGAGCUCUGUGCAAGAAAUAGUGUGGGAUUGCUUCCUUAUGUCACAAGAACUCUUCGAGAGCAUGGGCUUACUGUUGCUCGAGCAGACAUUGAAACGCAUGGGGAGAAAACAAACAAUGUGUUUUAUGUUCAGGAUAUCUCUGGGAAUGAAGUUGACAUGGAGAUUGUUGAUACUCUGAAAAGAGAAUUGGAGUCAUUGCCCUACCAAGUGAAAACUGAGCUCAAACCCCAAAAGCAGAACUCCAUGCAGAGAGUUGGAUUCUCAUUUACGAACUUGCUUAGAUCUCAAUUGGAGAAAUUUACUCACGGCUUUAUAUCCCCAUGAUAGAAAUGCAGGGAAUUUUUUCUAAAUUACCCUUUUUUUUGUUUUUUAUUUUACCCUCUGUACAGUUUAGAGUUUCGAUCUGCUAGAUUGUUGUUCAUAAUAGAAUAAAAAUAACCAACUUUCCUCUA